AGAACAAAUCAAGAGACUCUUGUUGUCUCCUUGUAUCUCAAAAUCAUUUCUUCACAACAAACCAAGGCCGAGGAGUAUGCUAGGGCAACGCUGAUUGUACCGUUGCCCCACGACAUUGUGAAGGACCAAUCAACAUCGCAUGAAGAGGUCCUCCUCUGGACAAGCACUCACGGAACCUUGGAGGAAAGCGCAGCAGAUCACGUUCGAGUUCACUUCAUGGCUCAGAAAGGGACCAAAGCUCAUUAUUCUCACCAUCAAGUUUUCAGCAACAAGGCAUUUGGCAGCUUGUACCGGGGAAAUUUGAAAAUCCCCAAGAAGGACAGGCUCCAGGCCUCGACUCCACUUCUCAUGUCGAACAAAGAGGAGGAUACAGCUUCGCGUCUGAAAUCUUCGGAGGAACCUUGGGCUCUUCGUGAGGUUUCAAAGUCAUACACAGCACCGGAUUUUCUGGAGUACGUUGACGGACCAGUUUGGAGACGAGGGAAUGGAGAGGUGCUUGUAGGAAGAGAUGUGCAACCGUAUGUUGGCAUGGAGGUGGUGCUGUCAAGGCAAGCAAGAAGAUUUUUCCAAGAGCAGGGCAUGGUGCAAGCAUACUCUGGGCAGAAAGUCGGCAAAGUUCUGUCUAUCCUGGCAGGCUCCAAGAGGACUCUACCCAUCAGUCUUCGGGGCAGCCAUCUCGGGGCUUCUUGUCAGGUGUUGUGGGGUGAGACCGAUACAAUCUCCACGUGCUCCAUAGGCUUUCAAGACCGCUUCGACCUCGUCCCUGCCGAGAGCGAUGCGAGACUGAGGACUUGGCCGAAGGACAGCGUCAGGGUGCAAGCGAUCUCGUCAGCGGGGCUCGUGUGAGGGUUUCUGCAUCCCUCUGCCUGUUGCGACUUUGAUGUGCUGGCCGUAAGGGCUGCUCAUGAAGGUGAAGGACUUCCGAUAAGAAUACGAGCUAGGCACAAGGAGUAAGGGAUAUUCUGCUACUGAAGCAGUACCCGCUACUAUAGUCACUGUAUGCCAAGUAUAGGUUCAACCAGUC